UGUAAAUAAAUACAAUUCAGAGCGAACUGCUUCGAUCACUCAAACGACAGUGUUGUCUCGUUAUUGAUAAUGCUAAGAUAUAUGUUCAAGACGAAUUUAUUCGUGAAUUGUUUACGCGCAUGUUAUAUUCAUCCAAAGAAUACAAUGGUGAAAGUGUUGAAUGUUGCAGAGAAAAAUGAUGCUGCAAAGUCUAUUGCAGAAGUUAUGUCGAGGGGACGUUUUAACAGGAGGGAAGGCCUUUCAAAAUUUAACAAACUGUACGAGUUUGAGUACAUGCUUCGCAACCAGAAAUGCAACAUGGUGAUGACUUCUGUGUCUGGCCAUUUGUUGGCACUGGAGUUCAUAGGACAGUAUAAAAACUGGAGAGGUUGCAGCCCAGUUUCAUUGUUUGAUGCUCAGGUGGAGAAAUACUGUCCUGAAAACUACAUUGAUAUAAAGCGCACACUGGAGAGGGAAGUCAGAGGUGCCCAGAUAUUGGUGAUAUGGACUGACUGUGAUAGGGAGGGAGAGAAUAUCGGAUUUGAGGUCAUUCAAGUCUGUAAGGCAGUGAAACCAGACAUCAAGGUGUUCAGAGCGAAAUUCUCAGAAAUCACACCACAGGCCAUACAGCGAGCCUGUGACAACCUCCUGCAGCCUGACUCAAGGGUCAGUGACGCUGUGGAUGUUAGACAAGAACUAGACCUGCGUAUUGGUGCUGCAUUUACGAGGUUUCAGACAUUACGUCUGCAGAAGAUAUUCCCUAACGUGUUGGCUGAUCAGCUGAUCAGUUACGGGAGCUGCCAGUUUCCCACGCUAGGCUUCGUGGUGGAGAGAUACAAGCAGGUGCAGGCAUUUAUGCCCGAGGCCUUCUGGAAACUGAGAGUUGGCUAUAAGAAAGAUGAAAUUGAUGUGGAAUUCACUUGGAAAAGGAACCGACUGUUUGACUAUAUGUCCUGCUUCGUCUUGUAUGAACAAUGCCUAGAGUCCCCAUUGGCAAAAGUUGUAGAUACGAAAGGUCGAAGUAAAAGCAAAUGGCGACCACAGGCUUUGGAUACGGUGGAACUUGAAAAGAUCGCCUCCCGCAAGCUGCGUAUCAACGCGAAGGAGACAAUGCGAAUAGCGGAAAAGUUGUACACAAAUGGGUUCAUCAGCUACCCUAGGACGGAAACCAACAUGUUCACAAAGGAGAUCAACCUAGCCUCACUGGUUGAGGCUCAGACCCGCGACCCUAACUGGGGAGGGUUUGCCCAGGGGGUUCUGGAGAGAGGUCCCAACCCCAGGAAUGGCACCAAGACCGACAAUGCUCAUCCGCCUAUCCACCCCACCAAGUACACAGACAACCUACAGGGUGAUGAGAAGCGUGUGUACGAGUUUGUGGUUCGACACUUUCUGGCAUGUGUUUCCCAGGAUGCACAGGGCUUCGAGACGACUGUGGAGAUAAACGUGGCAGAGGAGAGGUUCACUGCCCAGGGCCUGAUGAUCACUGCCAGAAACUACCUGGAUGUCUACCCAUAUGAUAAGUGGAAUGCCAAGGAAAUUCCAGUUUUCGACAAAGGUGAUGAGUUCGAGCCGACAUCUAUUGAUAUGAAGUGUGGAGAGACUGCUCCCCCACCACUCCUGAAUGAGGCUGACUUGAUUGCCCUCAUGGACAAGCAUGGCAUAGGCACUGAUGCGACCCAUGCUGAGCACAUUGAGACCAUCAAGACCCGUAACUAUGUGGGUGUGAGACCUGAUGGAAGAUUUGUACCAGGACAGCUGGGAAUGGGGCUGGUGGAAGGUUAUGAUGCCAUGGGCUAUGAGAUGUCCAAGCCACAUUUGAGAGCUGAACUGGAGGCAGACUUGAAAAGAAUAUGUGAAGGACGAAAGCAAAAGCAAGAAGUUCUUCAAGCCCAAGUGCAGAAGUACAAGGAGGUGUUUAUAGAGGCCUGUAGACAGGCAGAGAAGAUAGAUGAGUCGUUGGCCCAUUUCCUUGGAGAAGAGGCCCAACCUGCCCCUGCUGACAGUGUUCUGAAUACAUCCUCCUCUAGUCCGGUGAUGAAAUGCCCCAACUGUGGAUCUGAUAUGUUACUGAGGUCCAAGAAAGAUGGCAAUGGGUACUACAUCGGCUGUAUGGGAUACCCAGAAUGCAAGAAUGCUGUGUGGCUCCCUGGUGGUGUACUGGAAGCCUCUGUCACAUCUGAUGUCUGUCCAAGGUGUGGUCCAGGUACCUACCUGGUGAAUUUCAAGUUCAAGAGAGGCUCUGUACCACCAGUGGUCCCUCUAGAGUACACAGGAUGCAUUGCUGGAUGUGACGACACCAUGGUGACAGAUGUGGGGAUCAAACCCCCUAUCAGGGGCACUGGCGGGGUUGGGGGAGGCAGAAGUGGUGGGAAUACGUCUGGUACCCAGCAAGGAAACAAUCGGGCCUCCAGGCCUGGCUCCCAGCAACCAAACAAUAGCACUCAGCCGAUUCCAUCUCAGAGAAGUACUGGUGUCACUCAGUCUAGAAACGAUUCUGGGAUCGGUUCAACUUUUAACUCCACAAAUUCCAGAAACUUUUCUACUCAAAGUUCGGUGCAAUCAAACCAUGUUGUUCCAAAGAAUCCAAGGAGUGGUAAUAGUUUCACAGCAAAUAAUUCAUGGAACGACGAAAGUGCUUUCAAUGAUAGCUUUGACUUGGAAAAUGCUAAUGGAUUAAUAAAUCAGUCUGUGAGAUUGACAAACAAGAAAAAUAUAGGUGGUACCCAGAAUUCUCGGACAGGAAGUGCAAGGUUGCCAUUGGCAACAGUGCCAGGAAAUGCAAGGAAUGAUGGGAAUAAUGAUUCUGCAAAUUCUGUGGUUUGCAAUUGUGGGAUUGAUGCAAUUCAGCUUACAGUGAAAAAAGAGGGUCCAAAUAAAGGUCGCCAGUUCUACAAGUGCGGCGGCAGUUCAGGCUGCAGUUUCUUCCUGUGGACAGAUGAGGCAGGGAGCUCAGAUCCAGCAGGGGGCCAGACUAGUAACAGGGCCAGCAGCUCCAGCUAUUCCAGUAACCAUAGUAACCAAGGGAACACAAGCAGCAGACAGGGGUCGUACAAUCCCAGGGGUCAAAAUGUCAGGCCUGUGGGUGGAGGGCAGGAGGGAGAGGUGAUGUGCAAGUGUGGACAGCCUGCUAAAAGUUUGACAGUGCAGAAGGAGGGUCCUAACAAAGGGAGGCCAUUCUAUGGAUGCCCAGCCCCCCGGGAACAGGGAUGUGGCUUCUUCCAGUGGGCGGAUGAAGAUGGGGGUGGGGGAGGCAGUGGGUAUAGUUCAGGCGGUGGGCGUGGUUUCACUAACAACAGAGGAGGAGGAGCAGUGGGGAUGGGCGAGGCCAAGAAAAGACCUGCCCCCUCGGAGGGUGGUGCUCCUGCAAAACGGGCGCCCAAGAAAUGUGGGCUCUGUGGUGUAGAAGGCCAUACAAAAAGGACAUGUCCACAUAAAUGAAGGCAGAAGCCACCAAAAAAACUAUGACCGAAAGCCACAUUGUGGAAACCAUUCCUUGAAGACAGCUGUCAGAUUAGCAUUGAAAGUAGAUCGUUCAUUAUGAACCUUGCACAGUUGUGAAAGUGAUUUAGUGCAAUUAUAGAUUUUGCAACAAAAUGAACUUUUCUGAUUCAUUUUAUGCAGAUUCAAUCAUUCUGCCUACAAAAAGAUGAAAUAAUAAUCCUAAGCUCUAUUUACUAGUUUGUACCUGGCUUUAUGCGGGGGGGGGG